AUGGCGGCCCUGUGGGGCGGCGGUGCGGGACAUGCUGGGGCUGGGGGAACCAUCCCCCUGCGCGGUGCCUCGGAGCCUUUGCUGGGCAAUAGCUUCUCUUCUACCCAGAAUGCAGCAGGAUGAGAGCGACUAUUACAGGUUAAUCAGCAGAAGAGUAUGGGAAGAGAUGCAAUCAUAUCUUGGUACUCCCAACUUUCUGCAAUUAAAGCAUCCUGCUUAUCUGAUUAAAAACUUCAGUGAGCUUCUUCAUGUUUACUGGCAGAGGAUUUGCACUUGGCAUCUUUGGAAGCAGAAACCAUCCUUGAAGCUGGGGAAUUCCUGGAAACAAUGCAGGAUUACUUAGACUCUUCUGUCAUUUCCAUCAUUGAAGAUUUCAGCAGUUUGACUGAGGUAAAAAGCCACAUGGAUGCAGAGAAUGAACUUUCCCUGUUGACGGCAAUAACAGAUAUUCUUGAUAGCACGGAUGAUGAGACACUGUCUCCCUUUGACCCUAUUCCUGAUUCUGAAUUGCUAACAUCACCCAGAGAGAUUGAAAAUUCUUCGUUUCAGAGAUUUCUUAGUUUUUCUGUGAAACCUGAUGAACAAGACUUAGACAAUAUUGAGGAUUUCCAGGAGCCUGGACUGUGCACCAUUAUGUCAAAGAAGGUUGAAGCCAGUACUACCGGCAUUCCCUUCCCAUUAUCUUCAAGUUGUGCCAAACAUUUGGCUUUUUCAAACAGUGCGAGUAACAAAGCAUUCUGGGGGGAACAGAAGCUCUUCAAGACUAGAGAACGAGAAUCACCUGUGCUACAGAGCAGUGAUGGAGAUGAAGAGAAGGUUGCACGAGGGUGCAAGGAGAGUCUUACGGCAGCUGUGAAGGAGAUGGAACCUGAAAGAGACCUUGAUGAAUGCGAUGAUCCCUAUAUCAUUGCUGCGGAAAAUAUUUCCCUUAAUGAACUGGUGAGAUCAGUGCACUCUUACUGCCAGCCCUCCCUCACUCUAUGUCUGAGUUCUGAUAAUCAGUCCCUUGCUGAGAAGAGUCUCACAGGCCCACUUGUCUUAGAAAUAAUGCCUAAUGGUGGAGAGCUCCUGGAGACCAAGCUCUCACCUACAAUGGAUAGCAAUUGCACAACUGGCCUUACGCAUACUGAAGCAGAACUUUUGUCCCCUGCCCUGGGAAAAGAAUUGCCUGAAUACAUGAUGAGAUACGCAGGUGUGGACCGAGAGCUUGACUCAUACGAACAAGAUGGGAAGGUAGUUAAUGCUGCCCUUCCAAACGUAAAAGAUGGUCAGCCACAGAUAGAGGAGGACACUCAGAAAUCAACAAGUAAUCAAAAGAAUACAUCUGAGCCUGCCUCAGUGCCUCCAAAAAAUGCCAAGAAGGGUCAGGUAUCUACAAAUAUUAAGAAGAAGAGGAAGAAAUCCAGAGAGGAAACAAAGUAUCACAAGACCAUAAACUGCCAACAAGUGUCUGCCUGUCCUCAAAUGCAGACCAGAAUUGAUGCAAGGAAAUCUGUGUCAGAUUCUAGUUUUCGAAAAAAAGAACCAGAGAAAACUGGAGGAAAAGAAUUGAUCCUAAAUAAAGUAUCUCAGACGAAGGAAACAUCUGAAACUCAAGUAGAACAACCAAAAUGUGUGAGAGAGAAAGGGUCCAAAAGUCCACUUCUGUCAAGCUUAGUAAGUCCAAGGGAUUUGCCAUAUGCAGAGGAGGAGCCCACAGAAAAUCUAGGGAAUUCAGACCUUGUGCCUAUUGUCCAGAGGGAUGUCCCAGGAGAACCCCACGAAAAAAGCCAGUUUCCCCUACCAGUGAUUGAGAUGUCUAGCUCAGAAACUUCCCAAAUGCUCCCUGGUUGCACUAUACAACUUACAGAGCAGCUGACCAAGGAUACACCUUGCUCUGAAAAUAAAGAAGUCAUCUGUCCUCCAAGGGAAGCUAAACCUCGGCCGCUCAGCUUGAGUGAAUAUAGGCAGCGCCGGCGGCAGCACCAAUCUAGUAAUGACAGUAUCCAAAACACCAGAGAGAACCGGAGUGCCAGCAAGUGGCCCAGUGUUCCCAAGCUCCCUACAGAGUUGGCUGAUCUGCCUUGCCUGCAAGCUCCUCUGCCGUCCACCAAAGCCGCAGCACCUAAACUUGCAAAGGAGCCUGAAAAACCUGCUGACUCCACUACUCUUGCCGCCAAUGACAAAGCAAGUGCCAUGACCCUUUCCAUGCCCUCCUCCUCUACAACUCUGAAACAAAGAGAUCCUCCGUCUUUACAGCUUCCUUCACCUACACCUAUUCCUGUUGUGCCUACUAGUAAAGUAUGUGCUUUUUCUCACAUUGGGCCACAAAUGCCUCCACCAUUGUCCAUACCUCAUGUGCCACCAGUCCCAGAGGCUUUCCUACCAGCUCCUCCUAAUCACUACAAUUUGGGCUCAUCUCAACCAGUAGGAUCUUCAUGGUCUCACUUUGCUCUUCUACCAGCUAAUUACCAAAGCUUACCACCACCACCACCACCACCACCACCUGCUACUGAAGCUUGUUCUCCUGUCUUCCAUACAGUUCCCCCCCUACUCCCUCCAACUUGGCCUCCCCCAUCUGUUCCUUUGCCUUUUGUUCCAGCCCUGCCUUAUGGUUCUGUUGAGUGGGCUCCACUGCCACAGUCUUCCUACUGGUCUGGAAUACCUGUGCCACCUCCAGUGUUGCCCGUCCCAUAUGGAGAUCAAGGAAGUCUCAGGCAAAGUCCUCAGGUUGGCACUUUACCUGUCUCAUCUGUUUCUGAUGGAUUUCCUGGCCAGCAAAGUACGGCUUUAACACCAGAGUCCUGUAUUGGAUUUCAAAAUGUGGUCAGUGAAAGUCAAAGCCCACCUGUCCCGACAUGCCAAGUAGAAGCUCCUUCAGCAGUAAAGUUAGCUCCCAGAAAAAUAUCUGACCCAAGGAGACAAAUACAGCUCUCUACAUUUCAAUCCCAAACUGAAGUAACUUCAAGCAGUUCUCAGUCAUUGGAGAAACUGCCUUUGUCGCCAUCAGCUGAUAAGCCUGCAAAAGAAACAGCAUUGACUCAGCAUGGAAGCAAAAAUUCUUCCCUGCAGUCCGUAGAGGUACCUCUUCCUGUGCCUCCUUCCCAUCAAAUGCUGGGAGAAUCUGCUGGUAAACUGAAGUUUUCAAAAGAAGACUUUCAGCUUGUAGAGAAGAACCCUGAACUCUCUGACUCUGGAGAAACUACUACUGUUCCUGUGGCUCAGAACAACACAAAGCCCCCAGCAGAGGGACCUUCUUCCCUUUCCGCUUCCUUGGCACCUGGAAAGCAAAAGGAGCCAGUUGAAACCCAGUCAGAUAGCAUAGAACAUGCCCUAGUUGCUCCCAGUCCUUCAACAUUAUCGGGGCUCCAGAAAGUACGGAAAAAUGGCCAUCUUUCCAAGAAAACAUCAUCACCUAUGUGGAAAAACCAGCCUUUCAUCAGCUCUGCACAGCAUAAGCAUGAUAAAGAUCUUGUUCACUCAUUUAUCAAUGAGAUUGGAAUUGAGGCCUCUGACUUAUCUAGCCUGCUAGAGCAAUUUGAAAAGACUGAAGCCAAAACGGAAGUAUCUGCUGUGUUAAAGAAAAAUAAAUCUACAGGGAAUAAUGGGUCUGAGAUACAAUGGGAAAAGAAAAUGGUGGACCGGCUUCAUGCACCAGAGCUCAUUAAUGUUGCAGGCUUGACUCCACCAGCCACUCCACCCCAUCAGCUGUGGAAACCUUUGGUACCUGUCUCAUUGCUGGGACAGGAUGGGUCCCCAAAAGAUACCAAGAUUAUGAAAUCCCUAAACAAAUCUCACUGGAAAGCUGUAACCCCUGUCCAUGUAGGUUCUGGUGAGCAUGAUUAUUGUCAACUAACUGUUGCACAGCCAAAGGGAGGUGCUAGAUGGAAUGUCAAACAGAACUUGGAUAUCACCAUAAAACCUAUUAAGACCUUAACAAGACAAGUAGUAGGUCAGACCUCUACUGAUAUAAAGAGGCCCCCUGCUACUGUUAGACUGAAGCCUGUAGUUCCUGCUUGCCAGAAUCCUAGAGAAAUUACCAACCAUGUUAAUUCCAACAAGGGCCAAACCAAAGAUUCCAAGACUGUUACAGCUGACUUGAAACCUACUACCCUAAAUUCAACAUUGUUGGAGACCAAUCUUAUACAUCCAUGCAAAGAGGCAUUGGACCACCGGACUACUAUUCCAAGGUCCAUGACUAGGAGCAAUGAUGAUCCAUGCUCUGUACUGCUGUCACCAGCUGCAUCCCCUUGCCAAGAUUCAGGAGAAUCAACAUUACAGCAACUUCAGGAGAUACAGCAGAAACCACUCUCUUCGAAACGCUCCUUAAGAUGCUACCGGAGCAGACAGAGGUCAGUUAGUCCGAAAAGCCAAAGGGGGAGAAGUCGACGAAACCAUGCUAGCCGGUCCUUCAGUUCAAGCUCUGAUGGUGAUAGUGAUACUUCAUCAUCUUCAUCAUCGUCUUUGUCGUCGUCAUCUUCUUCGUCACAAUCACGUUCUCGGUCUCCACCAUCCAAACACUGGCGAAGAUGUCGCUCACGGAAUUCGAGCUCUUCUUCCGCUAAAUGGAGCCAUUCAAGGGGCAGGUCCCACUCUCCCUCCAAUUCCUCUUACAGAUCAAGAUCAUCUUCUAGGUCCCCUUCUCCGCAUAGAAGGAAUAGUUGCAGGAAAAGCUACAAUUCCAGCAGUUCCUAUGAACGUUACCAAAGGCAGAAAAACAAAUAUAAAGAACGUGCAAUCGAGGAACGCCGCGUUGUCUUCAUUGGUAAGAUCCAUAACAGGAUGACACGAUCAGAAUUACGACAUCGUUUCUCUGUUUUUGGGGACAUUGAAGACUGCACAUUGCACUUCCGGGAGCAUGGGGAUAACUUUGGCUUUGUGACUUAUCGAUAUGCUGAAGAUGCCUUUGCUGCUAUAGAAGGUGGACAUGCACUGCUUCGUCCUGAUGAACAGCCCUUUGAUCUGGGCUUCGGAGGACGUCGACAGUUCUGUAAAAGAAGCUAUGCUGACUUAGAUUCCAGCCAAGAUGACUUUCAACCUGCCCAUCUGAAGAAUAAAUAUGAUUCUCUUGACUUUGACACCUUAUUGAAGCAGGCUCAGCGAAGUCUGCGGAGGUAGCGCUAGUUCUCUUGGGCUCAGUUGCCCAGUAGGCAUCUGCCUACACCAGCCUUACCUCAGAUUGGUUGCAGGGGCAAACAGCCCCCUUCUAGCCCAACUCAUGUCCAGCAUGAUUUUUUUAAUGAAAUAUAAAACAUAAAAAAUUUUAUUCUGGGUUUUUCCUAAUAGCUAUUUAAGGGAAGGACCUUAACAAGUGGGAUAGGAAUGGAAAUACAUUGACAAUUUCUAGUCCACUUAAUUGCUAUGCAGACAAUAAAAUUCCAAUUAUAGACUUAAGAAAUCUAUGGCUAUUUCUCAUUCUUAUCACUACAA